AUGGCUUCCGCCGCCUCGUCUCUCGUCUCCGCCACGGCACUCGUGAUGAUGGCGCUCAUCAUGCUCGAGGGCAGCAGCACGUGCCACGCCGCGCGGCAUCUUGCCGACACGACGACCGCCCCGGCCGCUGCUCCUGCCGCCGUCCCGGGCAUUCCUGCGGUGCCGAAGCCGCCGGUCGUGCCGACGGUGCCCGCGGCCACUCUUCCACCGAUGCCCGCCGUGCCGACGGUGCCCGCGGUGGGCGCCGUGCCACCGAUCCCCGCGUUGCCCAAGAUCCCCGCGGUGCCUGCGGUGGGCGCCGUGCCACCGAUCCCCGCGCUGCCCAAGAUCCCCGCGGUCACCGUGCCCGCGGUGCCUACAGUGCCGAACACCGCCGCGCUGCCCCCUAUCGCUAUGCCGGCUGUACCCGCCACCGUGCCAAAGGUGACGCUACCGCCGAUUCCCGCCGCCGUGCCUAAGCUGACACUGCCGCCGAUGCCCUCCACCAUCCCGGCCGGCGUGCCCAUGCCGUUCGUGGCGUCGCCUCCUUCGGCAUAA